AUGCCCAGUGAUGAUGUUGCGCCCAAUGGCCAUGUUGAAGAAACGCGACACCCCUCUGAAGAGGAGGGGCGGUUCUUCCUGCGGAACUCCCUCGACGAUGCCGAUGACCUAGCCGAGCUGCGAUCCAUGCCUGCGCCCACGAUUCGCCCUCAAGUACAGCGGCAGUCAUCACUGUCCCAACCGCGCCCGUCCGGCACGCCGCGGACUACCAAUCGCGUCCGCUUCGAUGUCGAGGAGCAUGCCAACGUUGUCCUCCAACAGUCGGAAGACUGGAUGGACGAUGAGGACUAUCUGCAUUCGCCCAGACCAGAUGCGCCUUUGCUGACGGACAUCACGCCUCCCUUGGACUCACCAUUCCUUUCAGAUGCUUUCCAGCCGGAAGAGCACUUGCCCAACGCGCGGCCCAAAAGCAGCAUGCGGAGCGCCAUCAUGAACAUGGCCAAUUCCAUUAUUGGAGCAGGAAUUAUAGGACAACCAUACGCUUUCCGCCAGGCAGGCUUGACUAUGGGCAUUGUCCUCCUGGUGGGGCUCACCAUUACAGUGGACUGGACGAUUCGCUUGAUUGUCAUCAACAGCAAGCUGUCCGGAGCAGAUUCAUUCCAAGGCACUAUGCAACAUUGCUUCGGGAAGACCGGCCUGAUAGCCAUAUCGGUGGCCCAAUGGGCAUUUGCAUUUGGGGGCAUGAUCGCGUUUUGCAUCAUUGUUGGUGAUACUAUACCACAUGUGAUAGAAGCUCUGUUUCCGGCGUUGAAGACUACGAAGUUUCUCUGGCUGCUCACCGAUAGACGUGCCAUCAUUGUGUUGUUUGUACUUGGGCUCAGCUGGCCUUUGAGCUUAUACAGAGAUAUCGCGAAGCUCGCGAAAGCCUCCAUGUUGGCGUUAAUCUCGAUGCUGGUGAUUGUCAUUACGGUGCUCUCACAAGGUCCUCUCGUGGACAGCAAUCUUCGCGGGAAUCUCAAAGGCCUGUUGCUCAUUAAUGACGGCUUUUUCCAGGCUGUUGGCGUUAUCUCAUUUGCUUUCGUGUGUCACCAUAACUCGCUCUUGAUCUAUGGAUCACUGAAAACGCCGACUAUGGACCGCUUCUCUACCGUCACGCAUUACAGCACUUUUGCGUCGCUACUGGCGUGCCUGCUCAUGGCACUGUCCGGCUUCCUCACCUUUGGCGACCUCACCAAGGGCAAUGUUCUCAACAACUUUCCAUCUCAAGGGCAUCUCGUCGUCCAGAUCGCGCGGCUUUGCUUCGGCCUCAAUAUGCUGACGACCCUACCACUUGAAUGCUUCGUUUGUCGAGAGGUCAUGAACAACUACUGGUUCCCAGAAGAGCCUUACCACCCAAACCGACACUUGAUCUUCAGCAGUGCGCUCGUUGUUAGCGCCAUGGGCAUCAGCUUGGUCACCUGCGAUUUAGGGGCAGUCUUCGAGCUGAUAGGUGCGACGAGUGCUUGCGCUCUGGCGUACAUCCUGCCUCCACUCUGCUACAUCAAACUGAGUACCCGGAGCUGGAGGUUCAUACCCGCAGUCGCCUGUAUUGUGUUUGGGUCUGCUGUGCUUGUCAUUUCGCUUUUCAUGGCGGUUGGGAAAAUGAUACAAAGCAAAGGGCAACCUAGCCAGUGCUAG